UUAGGCGCGUCGCUUUUGAUCAAUGUUUUGUGUGCAGAAUGUCGCGAAAACACAUAAAUAAUGAUUUAACACCGCAACGUAAUGCUAAUGUAAAACGUAUUUGUUUGGAGCGCACGAGCGCUGCUGGUGCUGCCAGGCAGAUGAGCGAGAACAUCUUUUGGCCGGAUAACGAUGACAGCCUAUUUUCCCAUGCCAAACUGGAGGAAAUGUUUAGCGGACAGGAUGCUGUCGUCUCAGCACCGUUCAGCAGUCAAAUUAGCAACAAAUUUCAACAAAGCGAAUCGGAUGACAGUCUAUUUGGUGAUAUAUCGCUGCCCAGCACAGGUGAAGCGGCACCGAAAUCGGUUGAAAUUGAACAGAACAGCCCAAAAGUGCAGACUUUUACUGAAAUUAAUCUGCAAGACUUGAGCGUGGCUGAAAUGGAGGAUAUAUUUCAUGGUACCGAUGAUUAUAGCGAUCCAGUUGCACAAAACACGCAGCUCUUCAUGGAUGCAAUGGCCUUCAAGGUGCCCAAGUCACCAGACCGAACCCAAGUGACAGCCACACAAACACAAGAAGAAAAAGAAGAAUCCAUGUCCAUCUCCACCUCAAUGUCAUUCUUAUCCAAGUCCAUACUGGAUGGCAUUGUGCAGGGCACACAGUAUGCGACAUUUGAGGCACUUAAGAAUCGCUCCAUGCUGCAGGCACAGCAGGAGCUGGCGGCGCUCGAUCAGCUGGACUGGCAGACGCAGGCGUUUGACGAAUUUGAAAGCGUCAAGGAACCACAAACCGAUAAUAGCUUUCCCAGCAAGGGCAAUUUCUACGGGCUGCCCGAUAGAGUAAAGAGUUUAAUAUUCGAGCAUAAGGGCAUCAAGAGCUUAUAUGAGUGGCAGGACGAGUGUCUUAAUCUGCCUGCCAUACGCAAGCGCAAAAAUCUAAUUUAUGCGCUGCCCACCAGCGGCGGCAAAACUUUAGUUGCCGAAAUCCUAAUCCUGCGAGAGCUGCUCUGCCGCGAACGCAACGUGCUCUUCAUAUUGCCAUAUGUAUCUAUUGUGCAGGAAAAGGUUAGUGCCAUGUCACCGUUUGCCAUUGCGCUGGACUUCAUUGUGGAUGAGUAUACUGCGGGUAAGGGCAAAUGUCCGCCACAACCGCAACGCAAGCGACGCAGCCUUUUUAUUGCAUCCAUUGAAAAGGGCGCUGUGCUUAUGGAUAGUCUGAUUGAUGCAGAAAGACCACACGAGAUUGGCCUGGUUGUUGUGGAUGAAUUGCAUUUGAUUGGCGAACGCGGACGUGGCGCCACUUUGGAGGCGUUCCUCACCAAGGUUAUGUUUCUAAAUGCCAACAUUCAAAUUGUGGGCAUGAGCGCCACCAUAGGCAAUUUGAAUGAAAUCUCAGCAUUUCUUAAUGCGGAUGUCUAUACACGUGGUUUUCGCCCAGUGGAGCUCAAGGAGUACAUCAAAUGUGGCAAUGAUUUGCUGGAAAUUAAUGCAGCUGGUCAAACGCUUGAGGAGAUUUUUGUGCCAAAGCGCACCGUCAGCUACAAUUACAGCGCUGCUGUGGAGCGUGCCGAUCCGGAUCAUUUGGCUGGUUUGAUUACCGAAUGUGCACCGGAGCAUUGCUGCCUGGUGUUUUGUCCGACGCGCAAGAACUGUGAGAACGUGGCGCUGCUGCUAAGUCGCAUUGUGCCCAAACAAAAGUUCUUUGAGCAUCGCCAGAGCGAGAAAGCCGAUCUGAUGAAAGCUCUGGACCAGAUAUGCGGCAUAUUGAGCCCCGUGCUGGCUAAAACGCUGCCCUAUGGUAUUGCCUAUCAUCAUUCCGGCCUGACCACGGAUGAGCGCAAGUACAUUGAGACCGCUUAUCGCUUUGGUGUCAUCACAGUCAUUUGCUGCACCUCAACGCUGGCCGCUGGCGUAAAUCUGCCCGCCAAGCGUGUGAUUAUACGGGCGCCCUAUGUGGGUCAGGAGUUUAUGACAUUGUGCAAGUAUAAGCAAAUGGUUGGGAGGGCGGGACGCGCAGGCUUAGGUGAGGCGGGCGAGAGUAUACUCAUUACGCAGAGCAAGGACAAUUUACUGGUGGGUCAGAUGCUCUUCUCGCCCAUGGACAAGGCGCUGAGCUCGAUGGAUCAGCUGGAGGCUGUUGGCUUGCAGUCUUUAAUACUGAGUGUUAUCGGCUUAAAUUUAGCUGAUUGCCGACGUGAUUUGAAUCGUCUGGUAAACAGCACACUGCUGGCCGUGCAAGCAGGUUCCUUGGAAGUCGCUGUUGAUGAGCUCGUCCUGCGCAUUCUUCGGGACAUGUUCAAGAACAAGGUGCUACAGCUAAGCGAAAGUGCUCCCAAGGGCAAGCCAAAUAGCUCGGAUAUAAUGACCACUCAGGAUGUCAAUCCGAGCUGUCGAGCUGCUGCCGAUCGCCGACUGUUGAUUAGUCAAUCGACGCGCUUUCAACUGACCAGUAUUGGACGAGCUGCAUUCAAGGCGGGCAUCGAUUAUAAGCGUGCCUUUGCCAUACACAAGGAGUUGCAGCUGGCACAGCAGCAGCUCAUCCUCACCAGCUAUGUGCAUUUGCUAUAUUUGCUGGUCUGCUUCAACUCCAAUGAGCGUGGCGAUGAGCUCUUUCCAGCUGAUGCUAAUAUACUCUUUCGCGAAUACACCUCGUUGCCCAUGCAGACACAGGCGCUGUUCAUGCAGUUGGGUUUUACGGAGGCGCAUGCCGCCCGACUGGCCAAGACACAGUCGGUGCAGGGUCCGCUUGCGUUACAGCUGAAUCGCCUGUACAAAGUGCUCAUAUUAGCUGAUGUGUUGGCGCUGCUGCCGCUGCCCAGCGUCGCCAGCAAGUAUAAUAUCGAGAGAGGCACGCUGCAGCAGCUCAUCAGCCAGUGCACAGCGGCGGCCAGUGCCAUUAUGCGUCUCUGCGAGCAAAUGGAUGAGUUCUGGUGCUACAAACCACUCUUCGAACGCAUUCAUCAUAAAAUGGAUCGUUGUGGCACCUUGGAGCUGGAGCCCCUUCUGGAGUUGCCCGCUGUUAAGAUUAAUCGGGCCAAGCAGCUUUUUGCUGCUGGCUUUAGAACCGUUGAGGAUGUGGCCAAAACGCGUCCCAUGGUCUUGGUGAAAGCUGUCGAAUUUAUGCCGCUCAAAGUGGCAACUGAAAUGAUAUCGGCAGCCAAGAUAAUUUUAAUGAAAAAGUUGGAUCAUUUGGAAGAGGAAACGGAAGUGCUUAAAAGCUGCCUGUGCGCAACUGCAUCGCAAUCGAGCUAAAAGCAAUUUAAAGUUAAAAGUAUUUAUUUUUUUUUGUUUUAGUUGUUUUUGUAUUAUAUUUUUAAUUUUGUUUAAGCACUCGACUUGAGCCUAGAAUACAGCUUAAAUAUUACGCGCACACAAAAUGUUUGCAUACUACAUUUA